CGUCAACCGUUUACUGACUUUGCUAGUCUAUAUGACACUGUUGUAAACGAUAGACGGGUUGAAGACCUUAAUGCUUUAUCACAAAACACUUUACAAACAAGUACACCAACUAUUGCUACUGAAGAGAAUAUUACAUGCAAGAUUUGUCUUGAAUACCAGAUUGGGAUUGUUUUGAUACCUUGUGGACAUUUGGCCUGUAGCGACUGCGCUUUAAAGAUUAACACUUGUUCAAUAUGUCGUAUAUAUAAUAGUAUGUCUAAACACUCUAAAAUUAUUACAAUGUCUCCUUCUGCUGUUUCUGGUUAUACCACAUUUAAUGAAAGACUUGCAACAUUUAGAAAAGAUUGGAAUACAAUAUACCCUGUGUCGUGCGAAUCACUUGCUGAAGCUGGUUUUUAUUCAUAUAAUUUAUCUGAUCGUGUUGUAUCGUUUUGCUGCUAUCGUGGGUUAAGUGGUUGGAGAUUAUGGAAUAAACCCUGGGAGACUCAUGCGUUAUGGUCGCCCAAUUGUCAAUAUGUUAUUGACAAAAAGGGGAAAAAAUUUAUACAAAAAGCUAUUCGAAAAAGUCCAAAACAACUUCCCAAAAACACUAGAGAUUUGGUGGUAAAAGAAUGGAUGGGAUCGGAUAUGGCUUAUAGUAUUCUGGCAUUAAAAAUAACAACUUUUGAUAUAUUACGUCAGAUUAUGUUUUCUAGAUAUGAUGAAUGUAAAAAACCGUUUGCAUAUUUUGAAGAAUUGCGUGAAGCUAUUUAUUCUAGUAAUUUAUAUAAAUUAUCUAAUUUUUGUAUUCAACAACAAAAUAAUGAAAAUCCAACGAAAGAAAUUUUUACGUGUAAAAUUUGUAUGAUUAAUGAAAUUAAAAUUGUAUUUGUACCUUGCGGUCACCAGGUGGCGUGUCGGGACUGUGCGUCUAAAUUACAAAAUUGUUGUAUUUGUCGAACAUGUGUCAUG